CACUCACUCACCCACUCACUCACCAACUCACUCACCCAUGAACGAGUACCUCUCGUCGUUCAAGGUGGCUCGCUACAUCGUCAAGGAGGACGACCAGGAGGAGGAGGAGUUGGAGCGGGUGAUCAUCAAGCAGGAGGAGACCGUGGACCCAGACUACUGGGACAAGCUGCUUCGUCACCACUACGAUGUUGAUGAUGUUGAUGAUGAUGGUGAUGGUUGUGAUGAUGUUGAUGAUGAUUCAGGAGGAGGAGGAGGUGGAGCGUGUGAUCAUCAAGCAGGAGGAGACGGUGGACCCAGACUACUGGGACAAGCUGCUUCGCCACCACUACGAUGUUGAUGAUGUUGAUGAUGAUGUUGAUGAUGGUGUUGAUGAUGAUGGUGAUGAUGAUGGUGAU